AUGAAACCAUCCAAAAUGAUCGGUGGCGAUUAUUCUCUAGAGCUGAACAACAUAUUCCACACGGGCCAGGUAGAGCCCGCCUCAUGUUUCCAAAGGCUGUUCGGGUCCGUGCAGACUGGGCUCAUACUCAAGGAUAUCACGUUGGAAGUUCGAGCUGGCGAAGUGAUGGCCAUACUGGGAUCAAAAGGCAGUGGUAAACGAGCACUUUUAGAAGUCAUUGCCAGGCGAAGCAAGGGACUGUCUCGAGGUCAAAUCCUCUUGGACGGGAGACCUCUUACGCAAGCUAUGUUUAACCAAUGUUGUGCAUAUGUUGGCCACCGAGCUGAUCUUGUCCCAUCGUUGUCUGUACAGCAAACUCUACACUACGCAGCUAACUUAUCUAUUGGCUCACAGGUCAGUGGCUACGUUAAAGACUCCAGGGUCAGACAAGUAUUAGCAGACUUGGCCCUGAGUCAAGUAUCCAGACACAGUGUAGAGGCAUUGACCGAAGGUGAGUACAGACGGCUAGUCAUCGGGACGCAAUUAGUCAAAGAUCCAGUGUUAUUGUUGUUGGACGAGCCGACCGCUGGAUUGGACCCGUUGACUACGUACUUAGUCGUGUCUAUGGUUAGCAGCCACGCAAAGCGCAGAGGGCGGGCUGUAAUACUCACUAUGGAAAAACCAAGAUCGGAUGUUUUUCCGUUUCUCGAACGCGUUGCUUACUUGUGUUUGGGUGACUUGGUGUACGCAGGACCGACUAGAAUGAUGUUGGACUAUUUCCGAGCGGUUGGCUUUCCGUGUCCAGAAAUGGAAAAUCCGCUCAUGUACUAUUUGUGUUUGUCAACGGUAGAUCGACGAUCUCGCGAGAGGUUCGUCGAGUCCAAUGCACAAAUCGUGGCACUGGUGGAGAAGUUUAAAAUGGAAGGGGCGCCCUACAGGAAGUCGUCUGCAAUGUCUGUGCUCCUCGGGUCACCGCCCAAUGACCACCAACCCAACUCACAUCCGUAUCCAUAUUCGGCACAGGGGUCUUCGACCACACAAAUCGGAAUGACGCUAUACCAACGGCAGUUCGCAUCCACUUUCGGAUGUUCCUGGCAAGCUCUGUUCUACUUGUCAGCACGACUCAUCGCCAUGCCAAUCGCGUUCCUAUUGGUUUGGAUAUUUUUCCAUGACAUUAAGGACUACCAGACGACGUUCAUGUCCCGCAGCGGUCUGCUGUUGACGUGCAUAACGACGACGUAUUUGACUUCGAUAUUCACUACGGCGUACACGUUCGCUCCUCACAGGACACGAUACUAUCAGGAAAACCAAGAUGGCACGUACAACGGACCACUUUUCCUCGUCAGUUAUUUCACUUUCUCGUUGCCACUCGCUUUUCUCACCGUCUCCGGAUCGUCAGCCAUACUGUACCACCUGAUGAAGUUCGACGACUGGACGGAAUUGAGUCUGUUUGCGGCCGUGCUGUUGAGCUGCUACCUGUUCGCCGAACAGCUGGUCGUCGCCGUGAUGGCCAUAUCCAGGAACCCUUACAACACCAGUGUGUUUUGCAUAUACAUCGUCAGUGUUAUGAUCGUGCUCGGCAGCGGAAUGUUGAGAUCAUACCGGGGCAUGUCGGAAUGGCUGUCGUGGGUGACUUACGCCACGCAGACCAGGUACGCCGGGGCCUAUCUGACGGCCCAGGCUUUCGACGGCCGCCAGCAGUACAACGGGUUGCCGCAGAGCGCCGAGCAGAACUGCUCCAUACCCGCGGCCGAGCCGUUCGUGUGCCGGUACCCGGACGGAGCUUCUUACGUCAACGAACGGUACCCGGCCACGGUGGCCGACCCGCAGAUCAACCUGGUCGCCAGCUUCGUGUUCCCGGUGGCCGCCGCCGUGUUCAACAUCCUGCUGUACGUGGCCCCGCUGCCGUCCUACGUCAAGGCAAAGUUCAGGGAAUGA